UUGACGGUGGAAGAGUCGAGCAAAGCUGAGGAGGGCUUGACUCGUCGCCGGGUCAGACUCAUCUCUGCAUCGCAACCACCGUGCGACUCGGCAUCGUGUUUGCUAAUCCUUCAUCUUAUUGCCUAAAUGAUCCCAUAGUUCUAUCAUUUCCCCAUUGUUCUCUCUUCCAUCAUCUUCCUUCCUUGUUUCAUGUCCAUGGUCCAUAGUACCCACAGGGCUACUCACCUAUGCAACUUGCAGACUGUCGACAAGAAUACUAUCGUUUGGCUACCACUACCUCAGAUUGAGAUCUCCAAUCCCCCAUUAGAGAGAGUGUCCACCCAAUUCGAGAGGAAAAAGCCAUUUUGGAUAAGACCAAGGCUGUAAAUAUCCACUUUCCUACUCUCUCUUCAUCUUCAUCAUAUUUUAUGCCCAUCAUUUGUUACCAAAACGAUUUAACGUAAUAUAUGUUAUUAUCAUGACAGCAUAUGCUUGAAUUCACCAUAUGAAUUUAUUGAACAACGUCUCUUGUUUCGCUCUGUAAAGCCAUCUCCCGCUCCCGCCACAUCCCAACACCAGAAGCAGAGGAAGUCUCGCCUGCAACCACGCGCGCCCAGAUGUGUAGCCCCGAGUCCGAGCUCGCCCUCCUAGACUCCAUCCGCCGCCAUCUACCCGGCGACCCCGAACCUGGCCCCUACCACUCCUGCUUCCCCGCGCCGGCCUGCCACCGGAGCUGCAGCUUUGGACGCCUCGUCGCCGACCAGUGGUCCGACGGCCUCCCCUUCCGCCUCGACGACCCCGACGAUAUGGUCGUCUACGACGCCCUCGCCGACGCCUUCCGCCACGGAUGGACGCCCUCUUCGGCCGUACCCGUCGACGUUGGCGAGACCCUGGCGGUGAGUGCGGCGCCGGCUCCGGGGAGGCAGUACCGGGGGGUGCGGCGCCGGCCGUGGGGGAAGUUCGCGGCGGAGAUACGGGACCCGGCCAGGAACGGGGCCAGGGUGUGGCUGGGGACGUUCGGCUCCGCGGAGGACGCCGCCCUCGCCUACGACCGCGCCGCCUUCAGGAUGCGCGGCUCCCGCGCGCUGCUCAACUACCCACUGCGGGUCGGGUCGGCGGAGGCCGCGCCGGACUCUAUCACUCCUCCUCUCCUGAUAACUCUCCCUCAGAAAAGGCCUCAUCCAAGAGGAGGAAGAAAGGGGCGGCGGCGGCCAUCAUAACGUCGUCUUCUCCAGCUUCGUCCCUCGGUUCGGUUCCGGUAUCAGUUAAGGCACAUGUCGGCAAUCUAUUGGUGAGCUAAGAAGAUGGCAAUAGUGGAAGGAUGUGUGGAUGAAGCCUCAUGGAUAUGUGUUCUUUGCGAAGUAGAAUAAACGCGAAUGCCAUGAGUCGAUGGCUGUGUUUGAUUUGCUGUUCAUUGUUCUUUCUUUCUCUUUUUCCGUGCAAAAACAUUAUAGCAAAUCAACCAUCUUUGUUCAUCAA